ACCCUCUUCCCCAAGCCGGCUUACUCGUACAGCAUUCUCAUCUUCAUGGCCCUGAAGAACAGCAAAACAGGAAGCCUGCCAGUCAGUCAGAUCUACAGCUUCAUGACUGAAAACUUCCCCUAUUUUAAGACAGCCCCUGAUGGAUGGAAGAACUCGGUGCGACACAACCUCUCCUUGAACAAGUGUUUCGAGAAGGCGGAGAUCCAAAAUGGCAACUCGUCCCGUAAAGGUUGCCUGUGGGCUCUCAACCCUGCCAAGGUGGCAAAGAUGCAGGAGGAGCUCCACAAGUGGCGCCGCAAAGAUCCCGUCACUGUUCGCAGGAGCAUGGCGAGACCAGAGGACCUCGAUCGCCUCCUUGGAGAUCGGCCUAACAAGUGGCGAUCGGUGCCGGUUUACACCAGAACUGCAGGUGUUGAUGGCGCCUCCUCCUCAACACCCAGUCGACGUCCGCAAUAUUCACAGACUUCUCCACCUUCGGAGCCGCUCCUCCACCUGCAUCAGCAGCUCACAGCGGACGUCCAAUACAACGCAUCUUCGAGUAGGAAGCUCCCGCCCGCCUACAGCGCCGCCCCGCAGGCCGACUUCAGCGUCAGGAACCUGCAGGACUUUUUGUUCGAGGACACCAGUUACGAUGUGGACGUGCUCAACCCCAGUCUGACGGACCUGCAAUUGCAAGGUAAUUUUUGGGAGGAGUUGCGAGAAGACAGCUUGGGGUCAGCAGCUCCCACAAUGCCAACCUUCCCGCCCGUCCUGCAGGCGUCCUGCGUCCAUCCCAGCUGUGUGGACGCAAUACUGCCCUAAGACCUCCCCCGUGUCCUUUUCCGAGUGGAUUUACCUUUUUAAAGUUUAUUGAAGAGCGGACAAUUUGCUGCUGUAUUCUAACGCUCCUUCAGAGAAGUAUGAGGCCAAAGUGAAGUCCUCAAAUCUUUGUUCUCCCGCGUGUGAUGGAGGGACAAUAGACACCAUGACCACAA